GCGGUGGUUGUCAGUGGAGACGCAGGCCGGCUGGGCUCGUUCUUUCUCCCGCCCGAGGAUGCGGGCUCUCUCCUCUCCCGGGUGGAGACUCCGGCAGCUGCUCUGGCUGACCUGGCUGAGCGGGAGCCUCCUGGCAGGAGCAGCAGCAGAGGAAAAUGCUGAGACACUGUCUGAAACUGCCCUACCUCUUAGCACAGAAGGUGGUUCUGCCCUUACCGGAGAGCCUCAGGCGCCAGUGCAGUACAAGACUGCAGAAAUUGCUGAUGCAAUGCUGGGUAGUGGGAUUCCUGCUGAUCAGUCUGUGGUGCUGUCAGUUAUUCCAGGAGAAGCAAAGGACAGACGCAUGUCUGAAUUCGGUAUUGGCACCUGCGAUGCAGCAGUGGAAGAUGCUGAAUGUAGUGUGGGGACUAGCCUUGCUUCUCACUUAUCACAGCCUGGGUCACAUGUUCAAGAACAAGCAGGGGACACUAAUGUAGUGCUAGAGGCUGUACCUACUUCACCAGCUGAGGAAUCUAAUAGCACAGACAGUGUAAAAACUCCCAAAGUGAACUGUGAGGAAAGAAAUAUUACCGGGAUCAGAAACUUCACGCUACAAAUCCUGAAUGUUUCGCAAGACCUGAUGGAGUUUUUAAACCCAAACAGCAGUGACUGUACAUUAGUCUUGUUUUAUACACCCUGGUGUCGCUUCUCUGCCAAUCUGGCCCCUCAUUUUAAUUCUUUGCCCCGAGCAUUUCCAACUCUAAACUUCCUGGCAUUGGAUGCAUCUCAGCAUAGCAGUUUAUCAACCAGAUUUGGAACUGUGGCCGUUCCUAAUAUCCUCCUUUUCCAAGGAGCCAAACCCAUGGCCAGAUUUAAUCAUACAGACCGAACCCUGGAAAUGCUGAAAGCAUUCAUUUUUAAUCAGACAGGAAUAGAAGCUAAGAAUGAUGUGGUGGUAACUGAGGAAGACCGAGCAGGCCCUCUACCGAGUGUCCUGACAAAAGGAAUAGAUUGGUUACUUUUAUUCUCUUUAUUGUUUCUGGUUAGUUUUAUUAUGUAUGCUACCAUUCGGACUGAGAGCAUUCGUUGGCUAAUACCGGGACAAGAGCAGGAGCAUCAGGAAUAAGUUGAGAUAAUGACGUGAGAACACACUUCAUGCCUACAGAUAAAGCAGGAAUUUAUAUGAACUGAAAUUGCAUAAACUUGUACAGUGAAUUAGAUGGUUGUAAUUUAUAAUCUUAUUAGUUAAUUUAUAAUAAAUAAUAAAAUCACUUUUGUUCAUUAACUAUUGUAUGUGUAAAGUCAAACUGCUGGUAAUUAAGUAAACAAAUACAAAAAGGUUCAG